AUGACCGACGACGAUUUUGACCUCAUGAAAACCUAUAUCACGAGCCUCUUCCUGGAGAGUACGUUCUUCGGGGCCUAUCUCGUCUCCUUCUUCCUCUGUAUGCGCUACCUCAUAUGGGGACGAUGUCCGGAAUUCAAGUUGAACAAAAGGCCCAACUGGAAAUUCAUCAUCGUCACUCUUUUAUUGCUCGUUAUUGCGACUAUGCACAUCGUAUGCGCCCUUGCAAGAAUUCUUGGAGCUCCGAGAUCCGAAAGAAACUGGAUAGACGUUAUCGUAUCUACGGGAAUCUGUCUGGCUGUUGUCACUGUCGAUGCAAUCCUGGUAUCUCCUUGCGAGCCAGCUACCCGUGUCAUCGUAACUUACUACGAGAAACAGAUAUACCGCUGCUGGAUCAUCUACAUGAAACAAUGGAUCAUCAUAGCCUUUCCUGUUCUCGUAUGGGCUGGUAGCAUAGCAAUAACCAUCUAUUCGGCAGUAGAUCGAACGAGGCAUCGCUCGCAGUUUCCGCCUUCUCCUGAUACCGUACACCUACCCUCGCACACUCGGUCUUGGGUCAUUUUUCUCGCCUUGACGAUCGUCCAAAAUAUCCUCACCACUUCUCUUAUUGCAUGGAGAAUCAUGAUUAUUGAUCGUGGAUCAUCUCAGUAUCGAGUUCAAAGCAGAGUUUCACGGCUUCAACGCUCCAUCAGAUUGAUCAUCGAGUCGGGCGCUCUAUGCACCCUAGCUGCCUGUCUCGCCUUCAUUGCAUUUCUCACAGGGGGAAAGGUUGGUUUUGUUGCUGCCGAUAUUGAAAUACAGCUCGUGUCAAUUGCUUUCAAUCUCAUUAUAAUUAGAUCUGCGAAUACACCCCCUGAUGAGUACUGUCUAUCUCCUACUUCGGCGAGGUCUAUCAGGCUGGACGAAUUAUUCAGGCGGUCUCAACAAUCAAUAACAACAACGAGCAAUGCCCCCGAGUCAAGUGCCCUUCCGAAACCAUUAGAAGUUCGCAUCAUGAACGAGGUACUUGAAUCACGGGACAGUCAUCCUACAACAGUCAACACUCAGUGCACUAUUACCGGUAUGCGAUACGAAUAA